AUGGAAAAUGUUGAUACUUCUGAAUCUGAGGAAAGUCUCUAUGGAUCAUAUUUUGGUUCUCCAUCACCUCAAGAAAGCUUAACUUCUGGCAGUCCAUGUAUUCAGUGGAAUGAUGGACAACGAGAGCAGAGAAAUGGUAAGAAAUGUGAUCGUGAUCGGUAUCGCGAAUUUAAUAGAAGUCGACCAUACCAUUUAAAAAAUGGAUACCAUCCCUGUGCUGACAGUGUUGAAACUAGUAGUAGAGAACCUCAUCAGGUACAACAACCUUUGCAGCAGGAAACAUCUCAGUCAUUACCUACUUCUCAACAGUCAACUUCUACGCUUGUUUAUCCAGCUUAUGGGUAUAAUCAAGCCGAUCACACAUAUCUAGAUGGUAACAGGAGAGCACUUUCCAUGAUGCCUGCCUAUAAUCAUUAUCCAGCCCCUUGGGGUAUGAAUCCCAUGGAUAUGUCUCUCAAUUCAGUUGCAACUGCUUUACCUGUUACAUCUGGUAUAGAAAUGGGUCCUAGUACUAGCUCAGGUAUGAAUCCUUAUGCUUAUAUGGGCAUGUCUGGGGAUGGCAGUAUGUAUGGUAUGAUGGGUAUGGGCAAUUAUUGCCAAUAUGGCAUAGGUGGAGCAGAAACAGGUAUCAUUUUUCCUCCAAAAGAAAUAAUCACUCUCACGAAAAGUGUUAUGUAUCCGCCUGAGCCCAAGGACAAACCCCCAACCGUACGAGAUAGACCUCUUGGAUGCAGAACAAUUUUUGUUGGCGGGUUACCGGAAAAAACUACUGAAGAAAUUAUUAGAGAAAUUUUUGAGCGUUGUGGAAAAAUAUCAGUUAUUCGUAUGAGUAAGAAAAAUUUCUGUCACAUAAGGUUUACUGAAGAAUGCCAUGUUGAUAAUGCUAUUUAUUUGUCUGGUUACAAACUUAAAAUUGAAAACAAGGAUGAUGCAGCAUAUUGUAACAGAGUACUUGUCGAUUUUGCUAAUGCUAGGGAUGACCGAUAUGAAUAUGAAUGUCGACAAAGAAAAGCACAAAGAGAAGCUCGUCAUAAAGAGCAAAUGGAACAGGAAGCUUAUCGUGUUCCAACCCCACCACCAUUUGUGCAAUAUUCAGAUCAUGAAGCUACAAUAUUGGGGGAAAAAUUACGUGAUGAAGAUACAUUUCAAGAAGCAGUUAGUAUCUUAAUAACAUGGUUAGAAAGAGGAGAAUGUAGUAAAAGGAAUGCUGAAUACUUUUAUUCAAUGAUCCAAAGUACAAACAGUCGUAUACGUAGAUUAAUGAUUGAAAAGCGUAAGUAUGAAGACGAGGUGAACAAAGCGAAAAUAAUGUUAAAACAGCAAAUGCAGGGUAUUUUAUUACAAUUUAAUGAAAUUGGUAAAGUUUUCUCUGCUGCAAGUUUACAGAAAGUUUGGGAUCACUUUACAAAAGCUCAACGAAAAAAUAUUGAGAUGUGGAAAAAACAAACAGAAGAGAUUAAGAAUGCCUAUUUGGAAGAAGUUUUAAAUGAUCGUAUUGAAGACGAAAUGGAUGUCAGCGAUGAUGAUUCUCCUAAUCAGCUACCAGGAAAAGGAAAAAAUGAUGAACUAGAAUUGCAAGAAGAACUAAGCAAGCUAAAAGAAGAAUGUGAUUCAUUGAAAUGUCAACUGGAAGCUUCCCAAAAUGAAUUAAUGGUAGUACGUUCAGAAAUUGAUCAAAAACGUGACAAUGCUGAUCAUCAAGUUCAAUCUUUGAAACAAGCUCUUCAAGGAUUACAGCAUGAGAUUCUGUCACUGAAUCAAAAACGUGUAAAGGAUGAAGCAGAACUGAAAGAGUUGAGGAGUCUGAAAUCAUUAUUUCGAGAGGAAGGAAAAGAAGAUGAUCGUGAUACUGAACAGAGAGAUUCCUUUAAUUUUGUCACUUCAGUCUGUGUUUCAUCAGUUUCCCUAAGCAACAUUGAGAAUGAAGCUCGCUUAAUUGGCCUAAUUUCUACUUUUUUAAAUGUUCACCCAUUUGGUGCUAGCAUUGAUCAUAUUUGUUCCUACUUGCAUCAGAUUGAUUGCACUGUUAGAGCUAGAGAUGUUGAAAGUUUAAUGAAGCGUUUUCCAUUGAUUUUCAAAGAAGAGUCCACUGGCAUUGGUGCUAGUUUAGAAAAGAAGUGGACCUUUUCAGGAUUCAAGUAA